AACUCCUAAGCAGUGUUAAAAAAGCUAGUUCUGCCUCAGGUUUGGAUGUCCACAGAAGAGCCUCUGUGAGCUAUCCACAGAGUAGUAACCUGCUCCAAGGAGCAGAUGGCACAUGUCUUGUCCCUGGUUUCCUAGUCCCAGGCUGCACGCCCAGCUGAUGGAGAGGACCCAGUCAUCCAACAUGGAGACCCGGCUGGAUACCAUGAAGAUGCUGGCCAAGCUCUCUGCUGACGUGACUUUUGCUACUGAGUUCAUCAACAUGGAUGGCAUCAUUGUGCUGACGAGGCUUGGGGAAAAUGGAACCAAACUCUUGUCCCACUACAGUGAUAUGCUGGCAUUCACCCUGACUGCCUUCCUAGAGCUCAUGGACCGUGGCAUUGUCUCCUGGGACAUGGUUUCAAUCACCUUUAUUAAGCAGAUUGCAGGGUAUGUGAGCCAGCCCAUGGUGGACGUUUCAGUCCUUCAGAGGUCCCUGGCCAUCCUGGAGAGCAUAGUCCACACCAGAAGAUACCAGAGUCUGUACCAGAAGAUAGCUGAGGAAAUCACCGUGGGACAGCUCAUCUCACACUUCCAGGUAUGAAUGAAAAAAAUUACACCUUUAGAAAAAGAGUUGUUAGAAAAAAGCCUUGGCUGCAUGUAGGGGAAGUGACAGCACAGAAGAGACCAGAGAAGAGCCUCCUGGAGGAGAGCCUGCACUUUGACCAUGCUGUCCGGAUGGGUGCGGUGCCCUCUUCUGCAGAGUGUUCACUUCUCUGCUUUUUCUAUGGUUCCAUUUCAUAGAAAGAUUUGGGGUGAUGUUUCUUUUCCCUCAACUUUUUAUUUUGAAAACUUGCAAACACAGAAAAGUUGAUAAAAUAAUACAGUGAACAUCGGUAUGCUUUUCAACUGGAUUCACCAAUUAAGGUUUUGUCAUACUUGUUUUCUCUCCUCCGCAUAUGGAAGAUUGUAUAUGUGCCCUUUUUCCCCCUGAAUCAUUUCAAAGUAAGUUACCAGUAUCAUGGCAUUUCACUGUUAAGUACUUUCGCAGAUAUCUUCUAGGAACCAGGACAUUCUCCUAUAUAAUCACAAUACCAUUAAUCCCACCCCAAAAAUUUAACAUCAAUACACUAAUGAUACCUACUGUAUAGAUUAUAAUCAGCUUCCUUGCAGCAAUCUGUUUAGAAGGCUUGCAUCCUGUCACUGUCCACUGAUUAAAUUUUGAACUCUAACUUG